AUGGAUAGGCAAAAUCCCCAGAAAUACAGGACGACGGAUGCUGAAAGCGAGAAGAAUACGCAAAGUGUUCGGCCGAAACGAUUGAAACUGAGUGAUAACCUUAGAAAUGGAGACCAACCUCCUUCUAACCGCUCGAUUGAAAAGUUAAGCCACGCUCACCCAUCUCCGAGCCGUGCGGAAUCCUCUACAUCCAUUCCUAUUAAGACAUACCAAAUUCCAACUCCUGCUCGAAAAACACGAUCAUUCUUCCGAAAACAAAAUGUUGAAAUCGAAAGUGACAAUGAAGACGAAACAAAUAUGGAUGCUUCUAUCCUUGACAUGCCGGGUAAAAGGUGGCAGAAUCCUCUUGUAUACCCAGCAAUUGGUAAGAAGAAGGCUGAAGUGGGAGAACACGACUUAGACCGACUCAGACCGCAUGAAUUCUUAAACGACAAUCUCAUUGGGUUAUAUAUUCGAUUUCUCGAGCAUCAUCUGGAACGCCAGCACCCUGAUGUAGCGAGACGAAUAUAUUUCUUCAAUUCCUAUUUUUUUGCAACCUUGACGAAUACCUCUAAAGGCCAGAAAGGGAUUAAUUAUCAGGGUGUUGAAAAAUGGACAAGGUCCUUUGACAUAUUCGCUUUUGAUUAUUUGGUUGUACCAAUAAAUGAGAAUGCCCAUUGGUACGUGGCAAUUAUCUGCAAUUUGCCAACCUUGCUUUUACCAAAGGUGGAUAAUCGUUCUGGUUCAGAAAGUAUCGGAAAAGGCGAGAUGCCAAAAACGGCGGCUACGGAAACAAACGUUCUUGACGUACCAUCUGAAGUUGGAGGAUCAAAGACGGAUGUUGGCCACUCACCUUCCGAUGCUACUAAGGAAAACCAGGUCCGAGAAUCAUUCACUUCUAUGACCCUGAAAGACGAUUCAGAGCCUCAUUUUUCUGGCGAUGAUAAGGAAGUUGAGCACCCAGAAAUCGAAGAAUGGCCGGACGAGGAUGAGAACCAAAUCUCCCGCUUCCCCUACAUGAAGGAAGCAACAUUAUUGCUGGAGAAAGCUAUUGAGCCUGUAACAGAUUCUCUCAAACCUUCGAGUGUGCCUGAACCGGAAGUUGCUUUCAAAACAUCCAAGGCCGCAAAGAAGCGUGGUAAAAAAGGUCGGAACCCAGGCAUUCGAUACAACGAAAGCCAGCCAGCUAUAAUUGUUUUUGAUUCGUUGGACUGCCCACGACGCCCUACUAUUGGGAUUCUUCGGGAUUAUCUUGAGAAGGAAGCCAAAACAAAACGGUCAUUGACCAUUGACUCCAAAGGAAUAGUCGGAUUGAAUGCAAAACAGAUACCGCAUCAGCCGAACUUCUCUGACUGUGGGUUAUAUCUACUCGCAUAUCUUGAGAAAUUCGUGCGGGAUCCAGACCAUUUCGUGAGAUCUGUGCUUCGCAAGGAAAUGAACAAAAAUAAGGAUUGGCCAGCCAUGAAACCAGGUUUAUUUCGGUCUCGCUUACGCAAGUUUCUCUGUCAACUUUAUGAGGAACAACAGGCACUGAAGGAUGGAAAGCUGGGAGAGAACCAACCGCUUAUGGCUGACGCAAAGUCUUUGAACAUUCUCCUGGUCAAUACCCCGGUGGAAGGUAGCCCUGCUACUAACGAGGAUCGAAAGGAGUCUGACGUACCCAAAGCCUCCCCAAAGCCAGCAGCCAAACAUGCUGGUUUAGACCCUCCGGUGACACCUACUCGUUCAUCACCUCGCCGCCUCAAAAGCGAGAAAGCAUCCCCUAUAUCUAACUCUCUGAAGACCCCGAAGACACCAGUAGCUAGCACUGUUCCUUCGUCCAGUGAUCUUAUGCUCCUAAGUUUGUCUGAUACUACCUCGAAGCAGGACAACCUUGAUGAAACCGAAAAACCAAGCGAGGGAACCAUUCAAGUCCCCAUGACACCGCCUCCAAGGAAGCCAAAUCCUGCGGCUUCCAGUUCGACCUUUCCAUGA